AUGUCAAUGGCCACCUUUGCUCCAAACACCCAUCAUCAUCAUUGGGACAAUUUUGGAUCCACUACAGCUCCUACUACAAUCAACAACAGCAAUAGCAGCAGCAGCUUUAGCGGCUUUAGCAGCAGCAGCAGUAGUAGUAGUAGUAAUGGCAGCAUCGGCACGCUCGAUGAUUUGGAACAUAUCAAUCAACUUGAAAUGCUUGGGUUACCUACUCGUCCUGGCCCUGACGACUGGAAGUUCGCAUUGGAUGGAAUCAGACAAGAAAUGUAUAGCACAACAGGUGCAGGUUUACCAUCACCUGCCAAUUACUUUGAACGAAUCAUGCGUGCAGCUGUCAUCCCGGAUGCUAUCAAGGCCGAUGUUUCUAUGAGUGACGAUAUCUCUGCAUACCGCAAAGCACGCUCGGAGCGAUUGGUGAUGAGGCUAUUCCAUUGUAUGGGAUACGACAAGAGUAAUGUGAUGUGUCUGAGCCCCGGGGUCUAUGUGCACAAUAAAUGGCAACCAGAUUAUACCAAUGCAACCCUUGAUGAUAUUGUAUUUGGCAAUCUCCAAUUUACACCUUUCAGCUAUACAUUUGGUGCAAGAUAUACGGAUGCUUAUGGAUAUGCAAGCGAUAUUAUCAUUCGAGGAAAUUUGCCUCUAUGGGUACAAAGUCUUUUCCUUGCUGAAUGUGUACGACAAAAUCAACCCAUUCGUGCUGGCGAUACACGAUCAGGUCUCUUUACCUUUGCACCAGCCGUGGCUGUGCAAUUUCAAUCAUUACGAUCAUUACAACAACCAUCCAAUGUAAACCCAGAACUUGCCUUGGCAUAUGAACGCAUUGCACUCGAGUUGGUGGAACCCGACAUGUUACUUUCAACCACACAAACCCUUGAAGAAGAGGAAUCAAUUUGGAAUGAGCGUGUUAUCGAAAAGAUGCUGAUAUGCGAUAUUCCCGACUCGAUGGCCCAGAUCCUGACGGAGAUGGCUACUGCAUGGGCAUCCAGUCAAGGCUUCCCUAUGCUAUAA